UGGCUGUUCAUUUACAGUGAUAAGGCACCAAAAUUUAUCCUUAAGGCAGCAGGUGAGACUCAGAUACUUAGAGGAUACCUAACCCUAACCCUAAAUAUCUUGCUAAGAAAGACUCCUGGUUCUCAGCUAAAGUGUAGGCCAUUUCUGAAUUGCCCCAAGUCUCUGUGCUCUUUCCUUGCCUUUUAGUCCCUGCAAUAUAAGGGAUGUUACAUAUGUUCUGCUGUCAUUAUUUUGUGGUGAAUUAUGUCCAUAACAAUGUUCGGACCAGAAAAGUUUCUUGAACUUCUAGAGCAGGAUUUAUGCAAUGUGUUAUGUAUGUAUUAAUUAGAUCUCUAUUCAUAGCCAACAUGAUUGCGCACAUAUAAAGCUAUGGGUAUUUUGGAAGGGCAGGAUGGUUACAUUUAGUUAAAUGGAUACAUUGAGAAAUAUCAGCCUUACUGGAACUUAAGUCCAUUAUUAUAAUUAUUAUAUAGAUCAUUAACUCUUCAGUUUAAGAUGAUCCAUUAGAUGAGUAUUCCGUCAAUGACAAAUUGCAUUUUUUUUUUCAGAUAAGUUCACAGCCUGGUGUCAGCGGGUAGGGAACAUGGCUUUUGAGGAUCCCGACACUGUACCAGUUGAAGUAUAAAGAGUUGUAAGAGUAUUACACAGAUUAAUCAUGUUUACAAAAUUAAUGGCAAAUGUCGAUUUGUACCAGAUGUCCAAGUUUUCCUUUACUACUCUAUCACUGUUCUUUGUACAAUAGCAUGUACCCGCAAAGAAUAAAAUUAUUAGUAGUAGCAGUUUCAUGUUAAUAACACCCAGGAAGUUAUUAUGUUAAACCAUUUUUAACUGUCCAUUUGCUAAUUUGAGAACCUGACAUUUGCCAGUUGCUGUAAACGUGAUUCGUAAUCAUUCCAUUGUCAUAAAUCUUUUACUUGAGAGUAAGUAUAACAUAACGUCCAUCUUUACAGCAACAUGCAGUCAAUGUGUCAGUAAAGUGAAAAAAUAUAUUUAUUUGUUAGAUUUUUUCAUAUGAAAAUAUUUUAUACCUUUUGCUGACUAGUUAUGUAUAGUAUAUAUUAUUUUAAUACAACAUCAAAAAAAUGUUCUUUUAAUGGACAAAAAUUCUCCUCUACUUUAGAUUCCAUAUAAAAUGCAUUGUACCAUUAUUUUAGUUAAAGCAAAUGUUUUGGCUAAAAAAAUCCACAAUAUAAAAACAUCGUAGCAAGUGUUGAUUUAUGAGAGAAAUCAACUUCCUACACGGCUAGUUUGAAACUUGUAUAUUCAAAGCUUGUAACAGAAAGAAAUCUCAGAAUCAUGAAGUUUCCAACCAGACAAGCUGCCAAUAUAUUUUCAUACUUAAUUGAAGGGCACAUCAAAAUCUAUUGAUUCUAUGUCUUAACUUUGUAGUUAUUUAGUUAUUUGUAGGUAUGAAUUUCUCAUUUGAUCUUCAUCAGAAUUUUCAGAAAAAGGACUGUAUUGUUUCAUUCGAAGACUUUCAGUCAAAACUCACAAGCAAAACAGGCAGUGAAUUUUUUGUGCAUGCUAAAAAUAAAUUUCUGUUGCUUGGAAAUGUUUUACACCUUCAUGUUCAAGUGUUUUUGUGUGACUUAACCCUUUAAGCCCCAGCAUCCACAUACAAAUUCUCCAAACUGAUCUCCAUACAUUUCCUUAAAGAAUUAAUGGAGAGAAUUUGAUAAUAGAUCAAGGCAUUUUGUCUUGGGUGAUCAUUUUUUUAAAUUCUCAUAACUUAUCUCUUGAAAGUGUAUGGAUGUUGUUAGGAGAAAAUUGAUGAAAAAAAUUGAUCUUGGUCACUGUUGGGACUCAACGGUUAACACGAGAGAAUAGUAGGACAGAGGGGGAAUCUUAGGGCGUUGGCCGGGAUAUGUGAAUUUCACUUAAGUUAGUUUUAAAGGUUGUAAUUAAACGGAAGUCUAAUUCCUGAGACGUCUGCCAAUUUUAAUCAAUUUAUUGUUUGAGACAUCAUCAAGUCCAUGUGCGACUACCUGAAAGCAAACAAUGCAGAGUACUGUGAAGGCAACUGUUGAAUUCUCUCCUGACAACACUGAGUAAAAGUUUGCGGACCUCUCAAGAGACCAACUUCCAAUUAACUUCUAGCAUCUAUUGGUCUAAAAAUAACUUGGGUAAAUUCACGUAUCCAAAGGGCUAGACUGGGCGUGUCUGUUUGAUUAUUCCCUCUCAGUCAACAACAAAGUAAGGCCUGUUUGUCUGUGUGGCAUAUGUUGUUUCUUUAACCUGUUAUUCAAAUAUAUAAAUUAUUCUUUGUUCGUCCAUACAGUACUUUAAGAUGUAUGGAGAAUUUGUUACAAUAUAAAGGGUGCUCACCUUGGUGGUCAUAUCUAAGUUAAUGCAUCAGCUCUUUGACUGAGUAAUGGUUACUGGAAGAAAUAUAUGGAUAAUGAUCAUAGGUGGGUAGUUUCUGGGUGUUGCAGAUGGUUUGAUCCUAAAACAGCAUUUAUUUGAUUUAAGAGGCCCUGUUAGUGUAAAAUUCCAACAAGUGGAAUGGCGUUUUUACAACGACAUAAGACUAGAUGAAAUGAUGUCAAGCGACAUAAAGAUGGGUUAAACGCUGACAGGGACACGGUCUACUCUUCAAAACCUGAAACAAACGUGUUUGAAUUCAGACUAGGGCCUCUUUGAACGCCUCAGAUGGAGGUAAAAUUACCCAAUUGGAAGGAUGCAGCGUUUAUUCAAGGAUUAUAAGAAAAAACUCAGUGCAGCUUUAUUACCUACACCAUCCUGACAAUUACAAUUCUAUCUCAGCAAGAAAAGCAACGCUAAAAAUUGCGGGUUCAAUCGAGUAAUUACGGAAAUUCUGUACAAAAAUUUAACAAACCGAUGAUGGAUCUGGCCACUGCAAGAUGGACAGCGGCCAACUAACAGUGGUUUCUGCAACAUCCAAAACACCCAGAAAUAGCUGAAGAGGUUGGGGUUUUCAGGUAAAGUCAGUGGCUACCUUAUGCUAAACUACUUGACUAAAAACUAAAUAUUAGAUUGAAUAUAAAAAGAUUUACAUAAAGGGAUGUUGCUGACUGAUGAAUUUUGAAAACCCAAAUCAUUGUCACAGUAACUUUUAUACUGUUAGAUUAAUUUGACUAUAUUGUCAAGUUAUUGUAGGUAGUUAUCACUUCCGCCAAAGUCCAGAUAAAAAUGUUUAAAAUAUAAUCCAAAUGGUGGGGAAAGUUGUAAACGUAAUAAGCCAUUAGCAUGCAAAUUCAAGUUAUCGAAAUGUUAUUAUAACCAUUAAUGCUUAGCAGUAAAAGUUGCAAAGAUCUCAUUGGUGGAUCUUGUAUAUUUAGCUAAUUUAUGUUGUUAAUGUGGAAAUAUUAUAACCAGGCCUCAGUUGUUCAAAAGCUGGAUAUAGCCCUGUCCAGGAUAAUACAUUUGGUUUCCUUAAAGGGGCUGUGUCACGGCAGUCCUGUUCAUUUUGUUUAAUUUUGCCAAUUGCUUGCCCGCAAUCACUAAAUGGAGUUACAUGUAAAUGACAAAAUCAGAGAUUCGAGCGAGACAAGCAAAUAUGUCUCUUGAUCAUUAUUUUUGAAGUUGCAAACAGCAGAGAUCAACUUUGAAAAACUGUUAGGCUGCGGAACAGUUUUCAAAAACCCUAAUUUCAAUCCGUUUCAAUCUUCUUCAGUUUUGCCCAUUCGUGGCAUCUGUUGUGUUACUCUGACCUUCCUUUAAUGUUUUAAGCGGUUAUAUUUAUGUUUCUCUCAAUCGAACGGGCAUUGUGUAAUUACCUAAUUUGGCUG